UAGGCGUUUCGCGAUUAAUUACAAUUUAUAAUUAUAUUUACCGUCCACCUUUGUUUUUGAUUUUUGAUCGGAACGGGCGACGUUCAAACCGUCGGCUUGUGUGAAUACUUUUACGCUCAGUCUUCGCCAGAAAAUAAGCCAGCUUGAUUGAUUACAAAUGUCGAGUUCUGAAAACACAGACUCUAUCGACAAAUCAUCAGGUCAAGAUGAUGUCACGUUCGUCGAAAAUGCCAUGCCUAAAAAAGUCAAUAAAACUAAAGUUAAAAAAACUAGACCGUAUUUGCGUGACAAAUCAGCUCCAAAACCUCCGACUUCUGGAUACAUACGAUUUAUGUCUAAAAGGCGUGUACAAUUUCGUUCUGAAAAUCCCAAUUUAUCAUUUGCUGAAAUAACCAAAAUAUUAGCUACUGAGUGGAACCAGUUGCCGGCAUAUCAAAAACAACCAUAUCUUUUAGCUGCUGAACAAGACCGAGUGAAAUAUGAUGAAGAAUUAGCUGCUUAUAAAAAAACUGAUGCUUACAAAAAUUUUAUUAAAAGCAAAUUAAACAAAAAAAAAAUUAAUACUCCUAUCCAAAAAGAUCAAGAAUUAAAAAAAAAAAAUACAUCUAGUAAAAACAAUAAUGCAGCACAUGACAUACCUAUAUUUUCUGAAGAAUUCUUAGACUUCAAUAAAGCUAGAGAAACUGAAUUAAGGAACUUCCGUAAAAAUGUAACAACUCAAGAACAAGAAGUAUGUGUCUUAGAUAAACAUAAUGAAAAUUUACAACAUUUUACUGCCAAAUUAAAAGCUGACACUGAAAAACUCGAAGCUGAUUGUACAAAAUAUGAAGAAUAUUUAAAAAAAUUACGAUCCAAACUUCUAAAUGCUUUUGCUAACUUUGAAUUUACAGAUAACACUGAGUCACCUACCUAUGAGACUAUUGAUACAUACAUGGUUAAUUUAUCCAAAAAUUUAACAAGUGAUACUGACGUUGAUUCUUCCCAGAUUACAAAUGUAAAGAAAGCCAUUUCUAAAUUAAAUUCUUCA